AUGAAGGCUGAUCGCGCUCCUCUUGGGAGAGUUGCCAUCCCUCGAGAGGGAGCCCAACGCCUGUCCGGAGAACAGGCUAACCUGGCGCUCCCUUACCAAAGGAAACUGUGGCUGGAAAAGCAAAGAACAAACAUUGCAUGCCUCAGCGAAAAAUGGAAAUCACGGAAGAGCGUCUGCGAGCCCCGUGUGCUGGGACCUCCUGUCCAGCUAGAAUCCAAGGUCCUGCGAGAUUACGGGAUCGUAUCGGCGAACGUCGCCCGGGAUGAUAGCUUACUGGGGGGAAUGCAUCGGUUACCAGGCGCUGCUGUGCUAGCACCCACAGCGAGGGGAGAUCAGUGGGCCUCCAGCGGGGAGCUUGGACCCUGCACUGAUGGAAGAAAAAAAGUCCAAGUCACGGGCCUCCUGGGCCUCGCUGCCCGAGCUGCCACCUUUGCAAACUUCACCCUCAACGCCGGAGCAGUUUUGCAAACUCCGGUGGUGACCAAGCUGACGUUUGUGACUCACUCAGACAGGAGCUCGGGCUCCGACACGGAGAACACGCGGCCCCAGGAGAAUACGUUCCCCAAGGGCGAGCCGGAUCUGAAGAAGGAGAGCGAAGAAGACAAGUUUCCCGUGUGCAUCCGCGAGGCAGUCAGCCAGGUGCUGAAGGGCUACGACUGGACGCUGGUGCCCAUGCCGGUACGCGUCAACGGCUCCAGCAAGAACAAGCCACAUGUCAAGCGGCCCAUGAACGCCUUUAUGGUGUGGGCUCAGGCUGCGCGCAGGAAACUGGCAGACCAGUACCCGCAUCUGCACAAUGCGGAGCUCAGCAAGACCCUGGGCAAACUCUGGAGACUGCUGAACGAGAGCGAGAAGAGACCCUUCGUGGAAGAGGCAGAGCGGCUGCGCGUACAGCACAAGAAAGACCACCCGGAUUACAAGUACCAGCCACGGCGGAGAAAGUCCGUGAAGAACGGGCAGGCAGAAGCCGAGGAGGCCACGGAACAGACUCACAUCUCUCCUAACGCCAUCUUCAAGGCGCUGCAAGCCGACUCCCCGCACUCCUCCUCCGGGAUGAGCGAGGUGCACUCCCCGGGAGAGCACUCCGGUAGCAAUUUAGCCUUCCGGACCCUUGGGACCUCAGACCACUCCGCUGAUAAAAGGAGCUUGCCUAGUGUGUACCUGCGGCAGGCACCCCCGCAGCAGCAGCAGGCACCCCCGCAGCAGCAGCAGGCACCCCCGCAGCAGCAGCAGGCACCCCCGCAGCAGCAGCAGGCACCCCCGCAGCAGCAGCAGGCACCCCCGCAGCAGCAGCAGGCACACACGCUCACUACACUGAGCAGCGAGCCGGGCCAGUCCCAGAGAACACACAUCAAGACGGAGCAGCUGAGCCCCAGCCACUACAGCGAGCAGCAGCAGCCCUCCCCGCAGCAGAUCGCCUACAGUCCCUUCAACCUUCCGCACUACAGCCCCUCCUACCCGCCCAUCACGCGCUCGCAGUACGACUACACAGACCACCAGAACUCCGGCUCCUACUACAGCCACGCGGCCGGCCAGGGCUCGGGGCUCUACUCCACAUUCACCUACAUGAACCCCGCGCAGCGCCCCAUGUACACCCCCAUCGCUGACACCUCGGGAGUCCCUUCCAUCCCGCAAACCCACAGCCCGCAGCACUGGGAACAACCGGUCUACACACAGCUCACCAGACCCUGA